AUCGACAUUCGGCAUUACAUUCCCCUUGGAUGCGAGAGUUAACACUGGUUAAGUGACUGUUUGAACGACUUUAUUAACUUCCGCUGUGACCGAUGGAAAAGAUUCGAGCAAUGUGUUGUCAACAUCCUAGUCCGCUUGUUCCAGGCCGAAUCAAACCAUCAACAUCGCCGGCCUCGUGUGUAGGGUUCAUUCAGUCGUUGGCAGCGACUUUUGGCGGGGACGAAAAAAAAGAAAGGAUGACGCAUGAUGGUUUCCCUUUUUGGUCACGUGGUCGGAGGAAGAGAGAUACUGCAUGUGUAUGUGUGUGUGUGAGUCUUCUGUGUUUGUGUGAUGAUGUUUGAGGAGAAUAACGAGGGUUGUGGAGUGAAGUGGCAAUAAGUUGGCACCAACGCUGCUGCUUGCAGAUUGGGACGUCAAAAGGAUGGAGUGUCACGAAUGCCUUGGCCGCGUGUCGGUUUGCGAUCGACUGGAACGGUGAAUGGGGAAAUGGGAAUGGGGCAAAUAUAGAUUGGAAUGGAUGAAAUAGAGCCAGAAGCGACGAGCGUGUCUUGCAAAGCAAAGAGCAUAAGAACGUAAAAAAAGGUGGACACGCAGUAUUUAAUCGAGUGUGGCACACUGAUAACGUUCGAAAGAGAAAUGGGUAUGCCUUUAUUAGAACUAAGCGGUUUGUUGCGCGCUGCGAUGUACUAUGAUUGAUAGUAGUGUUUGGUUUGUUGCGUUGUAGUACAAAACAUUCCCCAGAACGAUGCGCACUUUUACACGAUGUAGAACAUGCCGUUCUAACGUAAGCUAGACAACCGUUACUUUCAUUAAGCGACCAAGAAUCGAUAACGCACGACGCUUCUAUCAUGGUUUUUGGCUGGCAAUGCCGGCAAUGUGAGACAGGAAAAACACAGCCCCACGAUAGCACGAUUUGCACGUGAGUCAAAGCUUGCAGGCAUAGUAAAAGGUAGGACAAAACCUACUUCUGAUACGGAACCCGCAGAGGAUGCAGUAGAUCCACAGCGACGUUGUGCCUGAUGAAAUUGUUUACCCGUCUGUUUGGAGCUACAGCCGCGCACGCCCUUUCCGAUAAAAAAGCAGCUUACUUAAGCCGCAAACGCACGCCGCGGCACGUUUCAGUAGACAGUUCAAAUGUGUCCAGCAUGGGUCAUACGGUAGCGGCGGUCGGUGAGUAAGCUAUCUCGUGUGAGGCGAGUAAGUGUAGUCUUUCAGCCACUCCCAAGCCGUGUGUUGUGUUGUAGCGAUGGUGCGAUCAUCCGCUGCGGUACUGUUUGUGACCGUGGUGCUGCUUUUGGACGCUCUUCCGGCUGUUGAGCCGUUGGCCAACUCGGUGGAACGUGUGGCCACCGUUGAGCUACUGCCAAACGAUUUGAUCCAGGUGGACCGAGAACAGGAAGAAACAAUUGCCACACCGGUGCAGGUGAUCGAGAAGCAUGUGGCGAAAACGUGGCAAACGAUCGUGAGGCAGAUGCUGGCCGAUACGCGCACAGGGAUGAAGCACAAGCGUACACUCGGCGCUCAGCCGAACACUCUAGUGGAGGCUGUACGUCUUUUUAUGAUGCUGUUGCCUUUCAUUCAAGCAGGACUGAUUCCACUUCCUGUAUCAAACUUGCCAGUUCAGCCUGGUGCUCUACCGGUAGCAGAUAUGGCUGGCGUUAUGAAUAACCCGUUAGCAGUAGCUACAGGUGCCGCGUCAAUGGGCACUGCAAUGGUACCGCCAAUAGCUGUCAGCAAUCCUUACACUGGCACAGCGUCCUUCCCGGGUGGUUCCAGUUUGUCACACACUCCCAACGUGCAAGAUAUUGCCGCCGGAGGGGUUGCUGUGUAUCCGGUUGGUAGUCCUGGCUAUUCACAAAGUGGUUCCCCUUUGACAGGUUUUGGAAGUGCCCCUCCACCGCCCGGCUCUGUUAUAACGGGACCUUCAAUGAUGCCUGGCUCUGGUUCUAUGUUACCUGGAGGCACUAACAUGAGACCGGGACAUGCUGCUGUUGGUAAUGUUGCUACAGUAGGUUAGCACACCCUUCUAGUCUCUUAGAAGGUUGAUGUUAGUGUAAAAAGUGUUAUUUUCCGUAGGUCUUCAUUGACAUUUCCAACCUGUUUUCGUUCGUAAACAGGUUUGGCAAAUUGGGCCAUAAUGUUAAUAAAGUAAAGUAGGAAAUUAUAAAUGUUUAACCGUUACCUUUUUGUAAUGAAAUCAGAAUAUUCUUCAUGUUU